UGUCUGGCAGCAGAGACCAUGCGCGGUCGCCAUAUUACGGAGUACCCCUCCCCUUCAGUCCCGUCACAGCAUUGAGCCACAGCAGCCGUGAAGGAAGCUAUAUACUGAACGACGCUACCGCUGGAGAGGACCAGUGAUACAGCAAAACCAAGACCAAAACGAGGAUUCAGUGGAAUGGAUUUAACCUGUUUGUUCCGCUAUUAAGUGGUCGUUCCCUCUUCCACGUGACACUGUGCUGGAUGAAAGGUUGCUUUGUUUAAAUUUUGAUUGAUUUGAGUAAAUACAGCAGUUAAAACGACUCACUACAGUCUAUAGCUAGCCGGUGAUGGAGACUGGCAGCUAGCUAUCUGGCGUUACUCUUCUGUCAGGCUAGUAGUUAACAUAACGCUAAUAUACUCAGCGGCUGUUUUGCUUUUAGUACGUGUGUUUAUUGCUAUACAGCAUAUCGUUACAAAACACACAAAAUGUUAACUUAUGUUUAACAAAGGCAUAGACGGAUAGUUAACCGACGAAGUUCAACUGGCAUCAGCUGACGUUAGCUCGUUAGCUGCUGAGCAAGCGGCCACUAGCUUCUGUUGCCUCGCUCUCACAGGAAAACAUUGAAUCGUGCAUGAGAUGCUGUAAAUAUUGGCACAGCUUUUCCUGAUACUCGAGAACAAAAAACUAUAAUUUGUUUUGAUAUUUAUUUUCAAUUUGGUUGUCUGUUCACCGUAGUUUUGGCAAAACGGCGCCGUUAACGAACUGCAAUCUCAUUGCAUACUGUCAGAGACCAACUACCGCCCGGAUUCCCUCGAAAUGCAUCAUCCGGACCCUGCAGGAGACUCUGGCAGUGUUAGAAAGAUGGCGCAUCCGGCUGUCUUUCACAGAAGGGGGAGCAAUACAAGCAGCGGGAGCGGCUCCAUGCUGUCAACACCGACAAACCCGGUGAUCAGUAACAGCCACGUUUCAGCCGAUGAUUAUCAGCCCUCCCUGUUGAUUCAGCCUCCUGCUGGUUCUUCCUCUCCUGGUCCACAUCAUCCUCCUCCCCACACCCUGAAUCUGCAUUCCCAGCCCCAGCCCACACAGCCAACUGGGGCUCAGAUAAAAAAGAAGAGUGGUUUCCAGAUCACCAGUGUGACUCCAGCACAAAUAUCAGUUAGUACCAAUAACAGUAUUGCAGAGGACACAGAAAGUUAUGAUGACUUAGAUGAGUCCCACACAGAGGAUCUAUCUUCUUCUGAAAUCCUGGAUGCGUCCCUCUCCCGAGCUAAUGAUGCAGUUGGAGCAGAGAGAAGCUCUUCAGAGGAGACAUUGAAUAAUUUCCAUGAGGCAGAGACCCCUGGAGCUGUCUCUCCUAAUCAGCCUUCACACCCUAAUACUCUGACCCAGGCACAACACCAUGGUGGUGCCAUGGUAAACGGGACUGUACACCAUCAACAUCCUCAUCAUCCUAACCAUGUCCAGAGCUAUCCUAUCUCCUCUGGGCCUGGCAGCACCCCAUCUACCCUCACUUCUGGAGCUUUACCUAGUCUAACCCAGAAAAUGCCUUCUGAUGUGGGGGGCCCUCAAGAGAAUGUUUCGCAUGCUGUCCCUCCAAGUAUUGGUUCUCAGCCUGUGGGGAUUGUGGCCCCAGGAUCUGUCCCUGGAAUGCACAGUUCUGCUACGGCCACUACAGUUAGCAUAGUUAAUCCCCAGACCAGCAGUGUUAGUAAUGUGAAUAUGUUGAGCUCUGCCAAUGUGCCUGUGAGAGGGGGAAUCAGCACGAGUGCUAGCAGUAGCAGUGGUGGCUUCCCUCUUAAUGCGAUAAGCAGCAGUGGGGGGAGUGGAAGUUGUGCUGUUCCAGCCGGAGGUAACCGUAUGCCCACCACUAAUGUCAGCAUGAUCCAGCAACACCAAAACAUCAACUCCAGUUUCACCAUGACUAGUACAACUGCUGCUGCUGUCGCCAGUGCCUCCGGAGGCAUGGGGGUCUCCAGCGGGAUCCAAGGAAGAGUUGGAUCAGCUGUGAUGCAGUCUGCGAGCACUUCUGCAACAGCUGUGGCCUCAGCUCCUGUAUCAUCUGCUCCUGCCAUGCCUGCUCCAACUCCAGCUCCUGCGGUGGCUACUACGAGCUCUCGCUUUAGGGUGGUGAAGUUGGACUCUAGCUCUGAGCCCUUUAAGAAGGGCAGAUGGACAUGCACUGAAUUCUAUGACAAAGAGGCCCCAGCCCCUGCGCCCAGUACUUCUGCCUCUGAUGCUGGGUCUCUCGGCGCACGUCAGUUUGCUUCUGAGAACUUUGCUGGGGCCUUGGAAAGAGAAAACACAAGUGGUAGUUCUGUGAGUAGUAGUUUGAGCCAUUUCAUUGAGAAUACAGGCAGUGGAGAGACCAGUGGACCCCCAGUGCCCCAGCAACCCCAGGAUUACGCCUCCCCUCCUCAGGGCUAUCAAGGAAUCCUUCCCAGUGGCUUAAACAUGGCUCAAACCCAAUCUCACAUUCACAGCCAGGAUAUCACCCAUCCACAUGUGAAGACUAAUGUAGCCCCCUCAGCUCCCACAAACAUUCAUCAGCCUACACCCAUACCUGGUCACCAGACCACUAUUGGUCUCCCCACACCUGCUGUGGCCCAGCUCACUUAUGCCCAGGCAGUUGCUAAUCAACCCCAAGUCUCCUCACAGGGCUUAGUGAGUGUUCAGCCACAGAAAUUAGGCUAUGCCACUCUUGCACAGCAAUCAGCAGCCACCCAGUCAACAGCCCCAGUGUCAAUGAGGCCACCGGAGUAUACCCAGCCACAGCAAGGUGUCCCCCAGGCUGUUGCUUCCCAACCUCUUUCCAGCCAAGCUGGCUCAGCACCUUCUGGGCCAGCAAAUGGAGCUUGCCAGAUGAUGGGAGGUCCUCAGCAAUCACAGGGUCUCAUUCACACACAGCCCCCCUCUCUUCAGGCCACUACCUCUAGCAUGCCUUCUCAUGUUGGUGUAGCAGGUCUUGGCCAGCAGCCUCAGAACCACCCAAGCCAUCUUGAUUGUCAGCAGCAGAAGCCACAGUCACUCCCAACACAAAUCCAGAAUCCAGCCCUGAGCAGCCAGCCGCCCACCACGGUCCAUCACAGCCAAGCAUCUGCACAAAGUGUGCCUCCUCCCAACCUCCAGAGUGAUCAUCAGGCCCAGCCCCAAGCCCACAAUUCUGUUAACAGUGUUCGGAUGCCCCCGCAGGGUGUUCCUCACAGCCAUCCUUCAUCUGUCAGCUUGACCCAGGACCACAGCAGUGCCCAGGCCCUCGCUCAUGCUGCCCAGGCCAGUGCCCUCUACGCUAGUCUGCCCAGCUUCACUACCACACAGCUGCAGGAUGCCCAGCGGCUGCUUCUCCAGCAUCAGUCUGCAUUGCUGGGGCUGCCCAAGCUGUCUGUGGGUGAGACUGGAUCUGGAUCUAAUACUGGCCAGGGUCAAGAAACUGAGGGCAGUGCAACCACCGCCAGUGCCUUAACUGCACCAGUUGGUCUGAAACCUGUAGAUGGAGAGGAGGAUGGCUCGUCGGGAGCCAGCGUUGUUGCUAUAGACAACAAGAUAGAGCAAGCAAUGGACCUGGUGAAGAGUCACCUGAUGUACGCCGUGCGUGAAGAGGUGGAGGUCUUGAAGGAACAGAUCAAGGAGCUGAUCGAGCGAAACUCCCAACUGGAGCAGGAGAACACGCUGCUGAAGACAUUGGCCAGCCCAGAACAGAUGGCCCAAUUCCAGGCCCAGGUUCAGACUGGCUCUCCACCUGCCCCUCCAACAGCUGCCCCAGCGGCACCCCCGAACACCGCCACCCUCACCCAGUCCGCCUCGCACAGCUCUGGACCCUCAGCGUAGCCUGGUCUGCGCCGCUAGACUGACUUGACUUUCUGGUUUUGAGCUCUGCUAAAGCUGCAGAGCCAAACUUUGCCUUCUUCAGCAGGAGGUUCCGCUGUUAGGACAAAAAUUUGCACAUAUUUAUCUCUGAGGGAUGCAGCCAGCUGGAAAAAGCAGUGCUGUGCUCCUUGGCACAGUGGUGGGUGACAAUCUUUAGAUGCUGUAUGGGUGGUUGUUUUGAGGAGGAUGAAUCAUCAAACAUUUGCCAAAAAACCCUUGGUCAUCAACAAGAAUGUCUUACCAAGAUGAAACAAAACUGUUUAUCAGUGAUGACAAUAUGCUUAGCUACAGAUUUAAAAAAAAAUGAAAUCACUGUGCCUGUGUCUGGAUUUUAAGUGAUAUACUGACGAUGGAGCAGUGGCAGGUGGAGGAUUAUAUUGGUUGUUACCUAUUUUGCUGAAUGAUGUAAAUAAGUGUUCUCUAUCAAGGCUUGAUCUUAAAUGUUGAGACUUGAGAGAAAAAGCCUUCUCAGAGUGACAAAUGAAGAAUGUGAGCAUUUAUUAUCAUGACAAAGUCCCCAUCUGGAAUGGGGGAGUUGGCGGGGAGGGGGUGGGAGCUUAUUUUGAACAACUCUUGGCAGCAUUGAUGAUGUUACUUAAACUGUGGGUUGGUGGGAUGAACAAAAUGAUUUCUUAUGGAGAUGAUGAUGAUCUAUUUUCAGUAUUUCGCUUUCAAGUUCGUCAUUUUGCCCUGAAAAAAGCUCAUUGUUGCUGUUUUCUCAACCCUGCAGUGGCAUGUAAUUUAAACCUUAUUUUACAGGGUUGAGACUUUGGGCUAAGCUGCGAUUUCUUCUAUUUUUCCCCCCUUUCCACAAAAGUUCUUUGGGCAGAUGAUGAUGUACAUUUCUGUAUAGUGUAAGUACAAUGUAAAAUAGUGAGGAGAGGAGGGAGAGCAAAAAAGAAAAAAGAAAG